AUGGCGUGCCGUUCCUCACUCCGUCGCGUCGCCUUCACCCCUGCCCUACGCAGCUUCCACUCAACCCCCCGCGCCUUUGUCAAGGUCGGUGAUGAGGUGCCCAACUUCGGCGACCUCAUGGAGAAAUCGCCGGGAUACAAUGUCAACCUGGCGGAUGAGUUCAAGUCGUCCAACGGAUAUAUUAUUGGCGUACCGGGAGCCUUCACCGGAACAUGCUCCAGUGUGCAUAUUCCUUCGUACAUUCACCAUCCUCGCCUGAAGUCAGCCGGUCAAGUAUUUGUGGUUUCUGUGAAUGAUCCUUUUGUGAUGAAAGCUUGGGCGGAGCAGCUCGAUCCCGCUGGGGAAACAGGCAUCCGCUUUCUUUCGGACCCCUCAGCCGGCUUCACGAAAGCCCUCGACCUUGGCUUCGAUGGAUCUGCGGUGUUUGGUGGUGUACGCAGCAAGCGUUAUACUCUCAAGAUUGAGGGUGGCAAGGUCUCCAAGACGUUCAUUGAGCCAGACGGCACCGGUGCCAAUGUCUCCAUGGCUGAAAAGGUUCUGGACUAG